UGCGGCCAACCCCGAGCCACAUCCGACAGUGGUCCGAACAGAGAACUCUUCCUGCUUCACGGAAAGACCCACGACGGCAAUAGCAAUUCAGCGGUGUAUUUGGAUUAAUUCAUCCGCCACGAUUUUCUCCAAAUAGCAACGCAAAGCAGAAAUUCUCUUAUAGAACCAACCAUGUCUUUCGCAUCUGGACCGAGCCAUGCAGCCUACCAAUGGGCGGCACAAGGGAGUGGAUUUGGUAAUCAGACGGUGGCAGACAAAGUACCACCGGAUAUGCUCCACCUGAUUGAUCCUCACUGGUAUCAAUUCCCACCAAUGAAUCCUUUGUGGCACGCGCUUCUCGGCUUUGUCAUCGGCGUUCUCGGUGUAAUAUCUUUCAUCGGUAACGGCAUGGUUGUUUACAUAUUCACCAGCACCAAGAGUCUCCGCACCCCGAGCAACUUGCUCGUCAUCAAUCUUGCUCUCUCUGAUUUCUGCAUGAUGCUGUGCCUGUCACCGCCUAUGGUGAUCAGUUGCUAUUACGAAACGUGGGUGCUAGGACCCUUGUUCUGUGAAUUGUACGCUUUCGCGGGUUCCCUGUUCGGAUGUGGCUCCAUUUGGACGAUGACGAUGAUCGCAUUCGACAGGUACAAUGUAAUCGUCAAAGGAUUGUCGGCUAAACCAAUGACCAUAAAUAGCGCGCUUCUUCGCAUAUUCGGCAUCUGGCUAUUCUCGUUGGGUUGGACACUCCCUCCGAUGUUUGGAUGGAAUCGUUACGUGCCGGAGGGCAACAUGACCGCAUGCGGUACCGACUACUUGAACAAAGAUUGGUUCUCUAGAUCGUACAUUUUAGUCUACAGCUUCUUUUGCUACUUCCUGCCGUUGUUCCUCAUCAUCUACAGCUACUUCUUUAUCAUCAAGGCUGUCGCAGCCCACGAAAAGAACAUGCGGGAGCAAGCGAAGAAGAUGAAUGUCGCUUCUCUACGAUCAGCCGAGAAUCAGAGCACUAGCGCCGAAUGUAAACUGGCGAAGGUAGCUUUGAUGACCAUCUCUCUGUGGUUCAUGGCGUGGACUCCGUAUCUGGUCAUCAAUUAUUCGGGCAUCUUUGAAACAGUUAAGAUCAGCCCUCUCUUCACGAUCUGGGGCUCUGUCUUCGCGAAAGCGAAUGCUGUAUACAAUCCCAUCGUGUACGGCAUCAGCCAUCCCAAAUAUCGAGCUGUUCUCUUCCAAAAGUUCCCAUCUCUAGCGUGUGCUUCCGAGCCGGCGCAUGGCGCGGACACGCAAUCCACAACUACCACAGUUGCAGAUAGUGAAAAAUCUGCUGCAUAAAAUAACGACGCUACAUACAUCGAUUUUUGGACAACACAAACAAAAACUUCGCAACGCUAUGAAAAUAGCAUUAUAUUCUCGUCACACAAAGGAAAUCGCGCGUCAUCAAAUAUGCGUUGUAAAUAAAUGCGAUAAAUAAACGCGUGCAAGAAACACAUCAGUACACGUGAUAUGUAACGAGAAUAUUGUUUGACCGUGAUAGUAAAUUAUUAAAAAACAUGUCGCAAUUAAA